AAGCACAAACUCGGCAGGCGCCUCAUCAGCGCCGGCCCGGGCCGGGACCGUGCGGCGGAGCUGGCCGCCCCUCCCGCCGCUCUGCCCAGCCCGGCUGAGGGCAGCGCGGGCUCCGCGGGGCCGCCCCCGGGCCCGCCCCGCCGCCAGGUGCGCUCGGAAGUGCUGUCACGGCGAGUGGCAGCCGGGCGGGGAGGCUCCUGAGGACCGGGCUGCCAGAGCUUUCCCUCGGCGGUGCCGAGCCGGGAUCGCCGCCAUGAGCAAGAUCUCCAAGUUCUUCAAGGGGGGCGGCUCGGCCGCCAAGGGCCGCGGGGGUCCCUCGCCGCAGGAGGCGCUGGCCCGGCUGCGGGAGACGGAGGAGAUGCUCAGCAAGAAGCAGGAGUACCUGGAGACGCGGAUCGAGCGGGAGCUGGCCAUAGCCCGGCAGCACGGCACCAAGAACAAGCGAGCUGCCUUACAAGCACUGAAGAGAAAAAAGAGAUAUGAGAAACAGUUGACUCAAAUUGAUGGGACACUUUCGACCAUUGAGUUCCAGAGAGAGGCAUUGGAAAAUUCCCACACCAACACAGAAGUGCUCAAGAAUAUGGGUUAUGCUGCACAAGCUAUGAAAAAAGUACAUGAAAAUAUGGAUUUGAACAAAAUCGAUGAUUUGAUGCAAGAUAUCACUGAACAGCAAGAUGUUGCCCAGGAAAUUUCAGAUGCUAUCUCGAACCGAGCAGGCUUUGGUGAUGAGUUUGAUGAGGAUGAGUUGAUGGCAGAAUUAGAAGAACUGGAGCAAGAAGAACUGAACAAGGGAAUGAGAGAUGUCAGGUUGCCAAGUGUUCCGUCCACAUCGCUGCCUUCUCGCCCUGCAUCGACCAGGAAAAGAGCAGAGGAUGAAGAUGAAAUGAAGAAACUGGCUGCCUGGGCUUCAUAGGACCAUGGUCUUUUUAUAACACCAAACAUUACAGUGCAGAAUGUAAAGAGCUGUACUGCUGUUUUAUAACCACACUGAUUUAGUGUGGUUGCAUUUCAUACAGGCUGGGGGUUUUUAUGGCACAUCUUGCUGAGAUUAGUGUUACUGCCAUAUUACAAAACUAGCUUAAAAACCAGCAAACAAAAGAAUUAAGUAGUUGCCUAAACCUUCAGGCAUCUUUUUUUUUUGUUUUUCCCCAUCUUUGUCAAGAGAUUAGUUUUAUUAUAGGUUUUUAAUAGGUACUAUCUUACUGUUUCUGUUGGUUUGUAAAACCCGUGUGCCUCACUUAUGCUCAAAGCUGGGUUCAUUUUGAAAUGAGAAAGUUAAAUAAGUCAUCAGAGCCCUAUAACUAGAGGGUUAUUUGGUUCAGACUAUUUGAAUAUUAGCAAAACAGCUUAAUACAUGUCCUUACUUGCAAGUUCUUUGAUCCCAAGAACUAAUAACUAUUCAUUUGGACAUGAAGAUCCAAACAGUCUGCCUGGAGCAACUUACGGUGUCCUAGAUAUUAAGAGGAAGCUCUUCUGUAGGCAUAUUGAAGUGGGAUGUGUUAUUUGUUUUAUUUUAACUGGCCAAAAUGUCCCAUGCACUUCUAUAGGUCAAUUUGAAUUGUAUUUUGGAUUAUUUCUGACUUAGCUUACAGAAUUACAGUGAGCAAGGAAAGCAAAAUGUCUAGGUUCUUACAGAUUCCUGCCAAACACUACUGAUUUUCAUUAACCCAAAAAUCCAGAAGAGAUUUGACCUUCCUGUGUUCUUCUGCUCUACCUUGUCUUUUUAGGAUGAGUCUUUACUUUGUAUGAUAAUAUUCAUUCUCAUCAAAGGAAUUAACAACACAUUUUUAAUUAUACAAUUGCAAAAUAGUUUUAAUUUCUGAGCAUCUAGUUCUUUUCUCUUACUCAGUUUGUGAAUGGAAGUAAUCCAGUGUGUUGCAUUUGCAGUGCCUUUUUAAACCCUGGUUAAAAGCUGAUUCUGGGUUACUUGUAGAGUUGAUGUGUUACUGACCAGCUGACAGCAUUUUAGCAUAAGGAGCAAAUGCCACUCUUGGGUGCUGAACUACUACAUAUAUAGAGAAAUUGCUGUUCAAAUACAACCCAAAAAUUAAAUAGGCUGCUUUGUACUAACAAAGCUUUAAAUGAGUCUUAAGCUUUAUGCUAGUAGCCUGCUCUCAAUCACAGGGAAAUAGUGAAACACUGUGGAGUUCCUAGGAGUGUAGGAAGCAGAGUCCUUGAUCUAGGUUUCUUGUUUUCAAAUGUAUUUAAAUUUGUGAUGACUGAACCACCUGAGGAAUAGUCCUGGACUUGGUUUCUGUAGAUCUUCAGCAAUAGAAGACUGACCCUUUCUCCUGCAGGCUUUAGCCUGUGAUUUGCUGGGUGUUCAGCUUCAACAGGCUUCAGUAGCCUUCAGUGUAGUGGAUUUUAGGUUAAGUAUGUGCUUCUAGACAUGGCCUGCCCAGAGCCUUUCAAAUUGAGCCCCACGGAUGAAACCCAAAAUGUAUAAACCCUGUGGAGAGAUUGACUUUUUCAGAACUUUCAUUCUCUGUGGAAGAAUUGAUUUUGGAUUGUAUCCGUAUGAGAGCUGAAUCCAGCUUUGCCAGUUCAGAUAAUUUUCUUACUGGAAAAAACUAGGUGUGUUAAUUCUGUUCCAAAAUUUGGAGGUACCAAGAAAAUUGUCCCUUUUUAUUGAGAGUAGAGAAAGUUUGGAAUAAUUUAAUUUUUGUUUUAAAUACAAAAUCAAACAGGAAAAGAAAAGACAGACAGAACUUCCUUAAAUUUAUAAAUACAUGUUGAACUCUCAAGGAGUAGGAAACCAAAUACCAACAAAAUGCUACUUGGUUUUAAUGCUUGCUGAAAUUCAGCAUGAGGUGCUAGCUGAAAGCAGGAAUAUUUAGUAAAAUAGCAAACAUUCUAAGUUAUUUCAAAUCCAUUUGCUAACGUUUCUGGCUUGAAUCCUGUGUUCAGGGUGUGCAGUUUAUGCAGGUCUCUGAAUUGAGUGCAGAACAUAUUGGCACACACUGGGUGUGUGACUGUGCAAGGCUGGCAGUGUGCAUGUGGACACUUCUGGUGUUUCUAAAUAUGAGGCCGUGCCAACAUAGUCCCAUAGUUAGUUUGGAAAAGCUGGCUUCCAGCCUCUGUUCUUGGUUGAAUAAGUAGUUUAACAAUGCUUGGCUCUUAUGUAGCAUUUGGCAUAUUUGAAGUGCUCUACAACCUAAUGGGUCUCUAAGCAUCCAUUUUGAUACUAAAGUGACUUUCAGUCUGCUGUGGAAAAUGUGGAUCUGCUGUUUUUGAAUAAGAACUUUCCAAGUGAACACCCGUCAUUGGAGACAAAAAAAAUCCUGUAGAGAAGAUCUUCUUUUGCAAACCAGCAUUUCACUGCUGACCUCCAGCAAUGUUUUGGCCAAGUGUUGAUCCUGAAGAAGCUUCAGGUGUGUUCAGCUUAUUAGUCUCAGACCAAGCACUUUACAAACAAAAUUUUUGAAAGCUGAAGAAAUGAAACUGUAUAUUCAAGUGAGCUGCUCUGAAAACUUAUGUAUAGUGGCUGGUGAUCCUUAAAGACAGACUCAUGUACCAGUUCACAGGCCAGGAGGUGAGGUUGGUGAAAUUGUACUCAGAAACACUAGAGAUGUACAGAAACCAAAAUACACCAUGGACUUCUGUAACUGGAGUGUUUGUUGCCAUAUUUUUUUUGGGACACCAGUUUUCUUCAAGGGCAAAGUUGUAGGAUUUUAAUUCAGCUGAGGGAGUGGCUCUUUCCUGUGUAAAUUCAGAUAACAGUGGGACAAAUGGCUCUUUCUUUUUUGAACAUAUGCCUCUCUUCAUGCCAAGAUGGUAUUUGUUUAGUAUGUAAGCAGUCGAGAGUGAAUAGUGUCAAUGUGUUAUUGUGAAUGUACCCUAUUAACUGGAACAUGUUUUAUAGGAGGACUGUGGCAGCAGAUGGUGUACUAUAACUGACUUCCUUUCUUGUUGCUUAUUUAUUCUGAGAUUGUAUUUUUCUCCUGACAGGCUUAGACAUUUUUAACCCGGAUUGCUUUAAAAAGGGGAAAAUAUAUUAAUAAAAAGUAAAACCAAAUCAUAUAUGUAUAUAUAUACACACUGUAAAUAAAUAUUUUGGCGUCA